AUGGCCCGACACAGCAAAGCCACGCGGCGCCGCACCCCUGCGGGUCCCUCGCAGGUGACGAAAUCGGACGCCGUCCUGGAAAUCGGCUGCAGCGCCGGCGUCUGCACCUCGCUGCUCGCGCGGCACGCGGGGCGCGUGGUGGGCGUCGACAACUCGCCGCAGCUCAUCAGAGAGGCGCAGGAGCGUAAUCCUGAGGUGCACUUCGAGCUGGUUGACGUGCUGCAGUCACCCGGCAACCUGGAGCGCGCUGGUGCAGGUUGCGGCGUCGUCUUUGUGGACAUUGGAGGCAACCGCCAGCUGGCGGCGCUGGUGGCGCUGCUGCCCUGGGUGCAGGAGCGGCUGCGGCCGCGGCUGUUGGUCGUGAAGAGCGAGGCGCUGGCUGCUGCGGCGGAGAAGUGGUUGGCGAUGGAGCAGCAGGAGCAGCAAGAGCAGCGGCAGCAAGAGCAGCAGCCGGGGCAGCAGGCGGAGCAGCAGCCAGAGCAGCAGCUGGAGCAGCAGCCAGAGCAGCAGCAGCAGCAGCAGCAGGAGCAAGAGCAGGAGCAGGAGCAGCAGCAGCAGCAGGAGCAGCAGCAGCCACACAGGCAGCCCCAAGACCGGCAGGAGGAGCAGGUGCAGGAUCAGCAGCAGGAGCAGCAGCAGGAGCAGCAGCCGGAGGAGCAGCAGAAGCAGCAUCAGGAGCAGCGGCAGCAGGUUCAAAAGGAUUGCCCACGCGAGAGCACCAAUGCCGCCGCUGACGCAGAGGCGGCGUGCGCAAGCAGCGGCCCAGGCUGCAGCAGCAGCAGCAACAGCAGCAGGGGGAUGGACGCGGCGGGGCCGCCGCCACUAUGCCCGCCACGGAUCCCUGGGACCCUGCGGGACCCGUCGGGCUGGUGGCGCCAGCUGCAGGCGCGCUGCUCGGACCGGCCAGAGGCAGUCGCCAACAACCCGCUCUUCUACAAGGCCAAGGCCAAGGGGUUCAGGGGCGUCCACCCUAUGAGGUUCCCGGACAGGCGCCUGCCCGGCGGCGCGCGCAUCUGCCGGCCUUUCAACUACGCUGUGUGCCGCGAGGGUGCGGGGCGCUGCGAGUACGAUCACGAUCACUGCCACCACUGCCUGCAGGCGGGCCACAGGGCAAGAGAGUGCACGCUGUAA